ACAUAUUAAAAUGUAAUACACUUGUUUACAGAAACAGACUUCAAGCUUGAUACGAUCUGCUUGGCCACGUAACGUCCAUAGUCACACUUCGCGGUUCGAGCCUCAAGCAGACCCCUAAACGUUGUACCUGUCCUGGAAAUUAUAUCGAUAAAGUUUGAAUUUGAACCGACUCCCACUGCUACAAUGAUGGCGGCUGAUCGAACGGUGCACGGAGUUCCGCCUUCACUGUCUGCUAAAGUGGUCGGGUCAUUUGCCUAUUUGACUGUGAGAGACAGAUUGCCCACCAUCCUGACUAAAGUUAUCGAUACAAUACAUCGCAACAAAAACAAGUUCUUUGAAGAAUAUGGAGAGGAAGGUAUCCAGGCAGAGAAGCAGACAAUAGGUCUGCUGUCUAAGAUGAGGAAUGAGCUGCAGACAGAUAAGCCAGUUCUAGAGCUGACAGACGGCCUGCAAGACACGGAGUGCUGGAAUCAGUACCUGCAGAGACAACAGAAGAUGCACGGAGACGAGGAUUCUGUCAGCUGGUUCAAGUCUCCGUGGCUCUAUGUGGAGUGCUACAUGUACCGCAGAGUACAUGAGGCCCUCUGGCUCAAUCCUCCCAUCAGUGACUACGACGUCUUUAACGAGGGAAAGACUCAGAGCUUUUUUGAGUCUCAGCAGGCUAUGAUCGCCUUAUGUACAUACUUGGAGGGCGUCAACAAGAAUAUGGAGGAACUCUCCAAGAAUCAGCUGCAUGAGCAUUUCAACAAACUGCUGCAGGUUUCUCUAUGGGGGAACAAGUGUGAUCUGUCCAUCUCUGCUGGCCAAGACAACUCCCAGAAGACCAGUCCAAUAGACUCCCUGAACAGCCUGCAACCCUUCAUCUUGGUGAAUGACUCCAACAUGGUGUGGUCUACUCUUCUUUCCGCUCAGAGGCCCGGACAAUCUGAGAAAACCGCUGCAGUCAGAGUGGACAUUGUUCUAGACAAUUCUGGCUUUGAGUUAUUCACUGACUUGGUCUUAGCAGAUUUCCUGGUUUCCUCCCACCUUGCCAAUGAGGUCCAUUUUCAUGGCAAAUCCAUCCCAUGGUUUGUCUCUGAUGUCACAGCCAACGAUUUUCAGUGGACCAUCCGGCAGACCACGGCGGCCAAUCACAAGUGGAUGUCAAAGACUGGUGUCCAGUGGAAGAGCCACCUGAAGGAGGGUGCAUGGUCCUAUCACGAUCAUCCCUUCUGGACCACGCCCCAUGAGUUUUGUGACAUGGAAGCUGAUGCUCCGGACCUGUACGCGACCCUGCAGGGGGCCGACCUGGUGCUGUUUAAGGGUGAUCUCAACUACAGGAAGCUGACGGGGGACAGGGAGUGGGAUCACGCGGUGGGCUUCGAUACUGCGCUACGGGGUUUUGGGCCUGCACCGCUGUGUAGCCUGAGGACUCUCAAGGCCAACGUUCAGGUCGGUCUGCAGCCGGGCCAAGGGGAGAAGCUCGGCUCCCAAGAUCCUGAUUGGAUGACCAGCAGCAAAUACGCUGUCAUUCAGUUCUCCAGCUCAAAGUGUGAACAGAAAGACUGACCUCAGGACCUCACUGGGAAGACGUGGGUUCAUAAGAACAUUACAGUAAGAAGUACCAUAAAGGAGUUCCCUUUAAGGCACAACACCAAGUCUUUGUUCCUCCUUGUCAUGGUUGAUACAGAAAUAUUGAGUUAUUGUCACAAUAUAUUUGUACCAUGUCAUGCUUAAAAUGUUAGCACUUUAGAUCUUAAUGUGUCCUCAUGAUUUGAACACAAUUGUUUACGGUGACAAAUUAAUCCUCCGAGGUAACAAAUCAAAUUCGUUUUUUAUGGCAAAUAGCUUAUGUGUUGUGCACAAUGUAUUACGGGAAUAUGUUUACAGGUUAUUAGAUGCUGUUAACUAUUUUUGAGUAAGAAUUGGGCUUUAUAAAUCUGUCCUAGAGCAGCAAUACCUUUCCUUUUGCAUGCAGUUGAUUAACUCGAUAUAUAGCUUUUCUUUGUUCUAACUCUGCUCAGGUUGUGUUUGGUGUCAUUGAUAUGCACGUAUCAAAACAUGCAGACGGCCAUUUGAAUUCAGCUUCAGCGGAUCAUAACAUUGUUAAGUGUGAAAGCUAGACUGUUAUUGGGGCCAUGUAACAGUGACAGUGUGUGCUUGUUUUGUUUAAAAUGGCAACCCAGACCUUCAUAGAUGAAAGUGUUACGUCAUGUACAUUUUCAGCAUCGGUACCUCGGAGGUGAUGUUAACUGGAUUCUUCUGCUGGGUGGGGUGAUAUCAUUUUUCAUUAAAGGGUUUGAUUUAAUAAAGAACUGCAGAACUGG